AAACCCUUUUUUUCUUUCCCCUUCCACUGAUCAUUUUAAGUAGAGAUCAGAAAACCUCUGAACGAUCUCAAAAUCACUGCAGAAAUACACACUUUCACACUCCCAAACGCGCACAGAAGCAUAAAGAUGGCAAGUAGAUUGGGAAGAAGAGUAGUACACUUUGCAAACCUACCAAUUAAGCUCCUCAUGCCCUCCUCUUUCUCCAAUAUUAGGGAAAUUGCCCUCAAAACCAUCCCUUCUGCCUCCAAGAUUGAGAUAAAGAGGGUUUUAGAGUCCCUUUAUGGUUUUGAGGUGGACAAAGUGAGGACUUUGAAUAUGGAUGGGAAGAAGAAGAAGAGAGGUGGGCUGUUGAUUGCGAAACCAGAUUACAAGAAGGCUUAUGUGACCCUGAAAAAUCCUUUAUCAAUUUCACCUGAUGUGUAUCCCAUUAGAAUGAUUGAGGAGGACAAGAAGAACAUGGCUAAGCCCUCGAAAAAAUCAAGCAUGUUGGAGGAUGGUGAGCCCAAGACUCCACAUUGGCUUGAUGAGAGGAAAGAUAGGUCCAAUGGGUUCAGGCAAGAGAGGUUCGGAUCCCCUCGUCGUGGUGGCCAUAGUCGUGAUGGUCCUGGUGGUGGGGAUAGUACUGGUGCAGCGGCUGCCAAGUUCCCGUGGAGCAGUAUGAAGUCCUUUGCUAGGUAGAAUUCAAAAUAUUCUGCUGUCAAAUUUGAGAAUUAGCAUUCUGCUGCCAAGUAUGAAGUCGAUUGCUAUGUAGAAUUUGGAACAUUUAGUUUAAAUGCGAGAUGAGAAUUGGUGCUAUUUAUGUGGCUGGGUUGAUAAUGGUACUUAGCUUUUUAGCUUUUUUAGCUUCAACAAGGUUAAUGAUGAAAGAUGGCGAUGUAGUAUUAAUACGAGUAUACAGGCAGCUGGAAUCUUUUUUUGGCCAAUAGUGUUGUUAAUACCUGAAUUUUGCUAACUUUUUUUGAUUGACAUCACUGAUGUUAUCAAGCUCUGCUCUACCGGAUUGUGAUGUUUUCCUUCAACCGCUAAAGAUAAUAUUUGCUUUGAACUGUUGGAGGUUGAUAAUUGAUAGCAUGUACCGGAUUGUCUUUUACUGCUUUUGCUUUGCAAGCCAUUGACAAGCCAUGAGUUGGUUAAUUCUGUGCUUAUUGAGAAAUUAAUGCACAGAUAGUUGUUCUUUGGUUUCCUUUAGGAAAUUUUUACUUCAUCUGGUUUGUAGAGGAUUAUAGAUCUGCAAUCAUUAGAAAGGAUGUUGAGAGAGAUGCUGCACUCUCAUCACAAAUGUAUGUUAUUCGUGGCUCAAAGGAUUACAUGUUUGAAAU